CAAUUUCCCUAAAGUCUCUUACAUUCAUUCAUCCAUGGAAAAUAUAUUCAAGAUCAAGAAGGCCUCCAUAGUGGGGCUCCUCCUCAUUCUGUGCAGCUUAGAAGAAGUUCAUUCUCGUGGCCCUAUUUAUACGCCACCGGAAGUCGAACGCUUAACUGAUCAUUUCAGCAGAAUACAGACCAACCAGGGCUACACCGUCUCCUUCGGAGCCCCCAAUGUUCGUCUCACUAAUAACGGAUCCGGUGCUGAUCUAAGUUUAGACAAAACCUCCGGGUCAGGAUUGGUGUCGAAGAACAAAUACUACUAUGGAUUCUUCAAUGCAGCCAUUAAGCUGCCCGCGGGCUUCACAUCAGGAGUAGUCGUGGCAUAUUAUUUAUCAAAUGCUGAUGUUUUCCCUCACAACCACGACGAGAUCGACAUCGAGCUGCUGGGGCACGAAAAGAGAAGGGAUUGGGUGCUGCAGACAAACAUAUAUGGCAAUGGAAGUGUAAGAACUGGGAGAGAAGAGAAGUUCUACCUCUGGUUCGAUCCCACUCAAAGCUUCCACGACUACAGCAUCCUGUGGAACAAUCAUCACAUUGUUUUACCCUGUAGGUUCUUGGUGGACAACAUACCCAUAAGACAAGUGAUUCACAGCGCGGCGAUUGCCGCCGUUUAUCCUUCGAAAGCAAUGUCGGUUCACGCGACAAUCUGGGACGGUUCAGAAUGGGCUACGCAUGGAGGAAAGUACCCGGUUGACUAUAAAUUUGCUCCCUUCACAAUAUCAAUGAAGGGAAUUGAAAUGGAGGGCUGCGUUAUGAAUAAUAAUAAGAGUAUUUCGAAAGAUUCAGUGUGUUCAAGGAAUAGCCUUUCGAGCUUGGACCCGGUCGACGGAGAACAGUUUGCAAAACUGUCGAGCCAACAAAUGGCUGGAUUGGGAUGGGCACGUGGAAAGCACAUGUUCUACUCGUAUUGCCAAGACAAAUCACGAUAUAAAGUCCUGCCACCCGAAUGCAGCAAUGCCGUGUAGAUAUAUAAUUAAUAAGAGGGAUUUUUUUUUUUUCUAGAAAUAUAAUUAAGUAGAGGGAAUUUUUUUUUCUUAAUAUUAAUAUAUAGUUAAUACCUAGUAUUUAUCUUAAUUCUUGACAAUUUAUAAUUACAUUCUUACCCUCUUCUUUGUUAAAUAAUUUCUUAAUUUGCCAUAGUUUGUCUGAACUUUCCUGCUAAGGUAAAGAACUCGAAUGAAAUCGAAAACUGCAGUGUUCAAUUCGAUUCGUAAAAAUAUUUCGACUAUUCAA